AUGAAGAAGAAGACCGAUGUAAUUAGAAUAUGCACGGAUUACCGGGACCUCCACCGAGCUUGCCCAAAGGAUGAGUUCCCACUGCCUAACAUGGAUAUCUUGAUGGACUUAACCUCGGGGCAAGGCUUGCUGUCAUUCAUGGAUGGAUUUAGCGGCUAUAACCAGAUAAAGAUGUCGCCCAAAGAUGCUGAGAAGACAGCCUUUCGAACACCAUACAGGAAUUUCUAUUACAUGGUCAUGUCAUUCGGUCUUAAGAAUGUCGGCGCCACAUACCAAAGGGCCAUGACAGUAGUGUUUCACGAUAUGAUAGGAAAAGAGGUAGAAGACUAUGUGGAUGACCCUGUGGUGAAGUCAAAAACCAAAGAAAACGAUCAAGAAGUUCUGAUAAGGGUGCUGGAAAGGUGUCGGUUGUACGGGUUGAAGAUGAACCCCAAAAAGUGCGCGUUCGGGGUUUCAUCCGGUAAAUUCUUGGGGUUCCAAGUGCACCAUGUGACAUAG